AUGGGGAAGGAGGCAGAUGGGCAGAAAGGAGAACAGGGAAGGAGGUGCAUGGGCAGAGAGACAGGGAAAGAGGUGUACGAGCGGAGAGACGGGAAAGGAGGCACAAAGGCAGAAAGGAGAACAGGGAAGGAGGUGCAUGGGCAGAGAAACAGGGAGGGAGGUACCCGGGCGGAGAAACAAGAAAAGAGGAGCAUGGGCAAAGAGACGGGGAGGGAGGUGCACGGACAGAAAGACAGGAAGGGAGGUACACGGGUGAAGAGACAGAAGGAGGCGCACGGGCAAAAAGGCGAGCAGGGAAGCACACAGGCGGAGAGGCAGGGAGGGAGGUACAUGGGUGGAAAGAUGGGAAGGGAGGUGCACAGGCAGAGAGGAGAGCAGAGAUACGCAUGGGCAGAGAGGCAGGAACAUGGGUGGAGAGGCGGGGAGGGAGCCUGCGGGCUCCAGAUGUGGGCUGGUAACAGACGCUCUGGACUCUUCUCCUCUGUCACCUAG